ACAAUAAAUUACAAAGCCUCAAACCUACUCAACAGAACAGAUCAGCUAAGGAAGCGAAACAUGAACUCUCAUCACCAGGAGGCCCAAAAUCAUCACCAUCACCAUGAGCCAUUGAUAAGGGUGGACGAAGACGACGAAGACGAUGCUUCUAAUUGGAUUCCACAUUAUUCAUCUGCACAAGUUGAGGAGUUUCUGGGAAAUAGGACUAUGAGAGAGAAGAAGAAGAAGACACUGAAAUGGUGGAUUAGGGUUAUUGCAUGGGAGACGAAGCUGGUUUGGCUCUUAUCAUGGGCUGCUAUAACGUCUGGUGUGUUCAACUACAUGUUGAUAUUUGUUACUCUCAUUUUUGUUGGCCAUUUGGGUGACUCCCAACUUGCCGGUGCUUCUCUUGCUUGUCUUGGUCUUCAAGGUCUUGCUUAUGCUGUCAUGGUAGGAAUGGCUAGUCCAGUUCAAACAGUGUGCGGUCAAGCAUACGGGGCCAAGAAAUAUGCAGUGAUGGGCAUCAUCUGUCAAAGAACGAUGAUGUUGCAGUUAUUAGCAGCCAUUGUUCUGAGCUUCUUCUUCUGGUACUCUGGUCCGGUCCUCAAGUUCUUCGGCAAAAACGACACCGUCGAGAUCGCAGAAAUAGGCCAAGUCUUUGGACGUGGACUCAUCCCUAUGCUUUACGCCUAUGCGCUUGUGUAUCCCAUGCAGAGAUUUCUGAUUUCUCAGAACAUUGUCAACUUUCUGGCUUAUGUUGCUGUUGGGGUUUUCUGUUUUCAUCUUCUUCUCACGUGGCUCGUCGUCUCUGUUCUAGGGUUUGGUCUUCUUGGUGCUGCUCUUACUCUGUGUUUCUCUUGGUGGUUGCUUGUGUUCGUCACUGGCCUUUACAUUGUUUUAAGCCCUUCUUGCUCCAGAACAUGGACUGGCUUUUCUCGUAAAGCUUUCAAGUUGAAAGGAUUGUGGACUUAUCUCAAGCUUCUUGUUUCUUCUACCGCCAUGAUGUGUUUGGAUGUAGGGUUUGCUCUCGCUGUGUAUGUUCUAUCAGAGAUGCUUCCCAACUCUACCAUUGCAGUCGACUCUCUUUCCAUUUGUCUCAACUAUGUCAACUGGCACUCUAGCUUUGUCACUGGCUUGUUACUUGCCUCCAGUGUUAGAGUAAGCAAUGAACUUGGGGCUGGAAAUGCGAGGUUGGCAAAAUUCUCAGUGGCUGUAAGUAAUGGAAUCGGCAUCAUCAUCUGCUUGCUCUGUGCUGUGAUUGUUUUGGUGUUUCGUGUGCAACUCAUUAAGCUCUAUGCCUCUGAUUCUCAAGUUAUUCGUCUCACUUCCUCUUUGUUCCCUCUUAUUGCCCUCUACUUUCUCAUCAAUGGCAAUCACUUUAUCCUCUUUGGGCAAGCAAUAGGAAGUGGACGACAAGCCAUGGUGGGUUGGAUAAACUUGGUUGUUUAUGCUAUUGGCUUCGCUCUUGCCUACCUUCUUGGCUUCAAAACAUCACUAGGCCUUGCUGGUCUUUGUUGGGCUUGGGUUAUUGGAAUUGCCCUAGAGACAAUUAUUGUUGGUGGGAUCAUAAUUCUCACCGAUUGGGAAGUUCAGGUUGCUGCCUCAACAAAUAAGGAAGUAGAUGGACAUAUUCCCAAUUACCCUAACUUGCCACCGCAGCUUAUCUGUCAGCUUCACAAUGUGACAAUGCAUGCAGAUUUAGAAACAGAUGAAGUAUAUGCUCAAAUGACUUUGCAACCUUUAAGUCCGCAAGAGCAAAAGGAUAUAUAUCUACUGCCUGCAGAAUUGGGUACUGCCAACAAACAACCAACCAACUACUUCUGCAAAACAUUAACAGCAAGUGAUACCAGCACUCAUGGAGGAUUCUCUGUUCCUCGAAGAGCUGCUGAAAAAGUCUUCCCUCCGCUUGAUUACUCGCAGCAGCCUCCUGCACAGGAACUAAUUGCAAGGGAUCUCCAUGAUAAUGAAUGGAAAUUCAGGCACAUUUUUCGAGGUCAGCCGAAGAGGCAUCUUCUAACUACAGGGUGGAGUGUUUUUGUUAGUGCUAAGAGGCUUGUUGCUGGUGAUUCAGUCCUUUUUAUCUGGAAUGACAAAAAUCAAUUACUCUUGGGAAUUCGGCGAGCAAAUCGUCCACAGACUGUCAUGCCAUCUUCAGUUCUGUCAAGUGACAGCAUGCAUAUUGGUCUUCUUGCUGCUGCAGCUCAUGCGGCUGCCACAAAUAGCCGCUUUACUAUAUUCUAUAACCCAAGGGCAAGCCCAUCAGAAUUUGUGAUUCCCUUGGCUAAGUAUGUCAAAGCUGUGUAUCAUACCCGAGUUUCUGUUGGUAUGCGAUUUAGGAUGCUAUUUGAGACAGAAGAAUCAAGCGUCCGUAGAUACAUGGGUACUAUAACAGGCAUUAGUGAUUUGGAUCCUGUUCGCUGGCCAAAUUCACACUGGCGUUCCGUAAAGGUUGGCUGGGAUGAGUCCUCUGCAGGGGACAGGCAGCCUAGAGUUUCGUUGUGGGAGAUUGAACCGUUGACAACAUUCCCUAUGUAUCCAUCCCCAUUCCCUUUAAGGCUGAAACGCCCUUGGUCAUCAGGACUACCUUCUUUUGGUAUAAAGGAUGGUGACGUGAGCAUUAGUUCUCCAUUCACGUGGCUCCAAGGUGGGCUUGGGGAUCAAGGAAUGCAAUCUCUGAACUUCCAGGGACUGGGGGUUGCACCAUGGAUGCAGCCAAGACUUGAUGCUUCUAUGUCAGGACUUCAGCCAGAAAUAUACCAAGCUAUGGCUGCUGCUGCACUUCAGGAAAUGAGGGCAAUGGGUCCAUCUAAACCUUCUUCUGAAUCUCUUCUGCAGUUUCAGCAGUCUUCAAAUGUUCCUGGUGCUCCUUCUGGUAUCCAGGGGCAAGUUUUACAGCAGUCUCAGUCGCAACAUGUUCUACGCAACUUUCAAGAAAACCAGAUUCCUGCUCAGUCUUCACAUCUGCAACGACAGUUGCAGCGUUACCAUCCUUAUAAUGAUCAGAGGCAGCAGCAGCAGCAGCAACCUAACAGUUUACCUGUUCAGCAGCAGAUCUCAAAUGUUGUCUCUCCUUUGUCUAAUUUUGCAUCACCUACCCAGUUUCUCUCUCCAUCCGUGCCAACCAUUGCUUCAAAUUGCCAGCAGCAGAGUUUUCCUGAACCUGCCAGGAACCAAAUUCCCAGCUCUGAUGUUUCUGCUAUCCAUAGUCUACUAGGAUCGUUUCCCCAGGAUGGAGUAUCCCAGUUACUUAACAUGCAUGGGUCCAACUCUCUGGUUCCUCCUGCUUCCUUACUACCUAAGCAAAUAGCUGUUGAACCUCAGCUUCAAACUGCUGCUGCUCACUGUGUAUUACCCCAGAUGGAAAACUUGGGAACAUCACAGUCAAAUGUAUCUGAACUUCCUAUUUUGCCUCCAUUUCCUGGAAGAGAAUAUUCUGCAUACCAAGGUGCUGGUGAUCCUCAGACCAAUCUUUUGUUUGGGGUUAAUAUUGAUCCUGUUCUUAUGUUACAAAAUAGCAUGUCCAACAUGAGAAAUGUUGGCAAUGAGAAUGAUACAUUAUUGAUGUCCUUUUCAGCUUCAAACUUCCCUGGUGCUACAGGGACUGAUUAUCCUCCAAGUUCAGACAUGACAACAUCAAGUUGUGUAGAGGAAUCUGGUUUUUUGCAGUCUUCUGAAAAUGUGGAGCAACCAAACACAUCAACCGGAACCUUUGUCAAGGUUCACAAGUUAGGGUGCUUUGGGAGGUCACUGGACAUCUCUAAGUUUAGCAGCUAUGAUGAACUACGUAGUGAGCUUGCCCGCAUGUUUGGGCUUGAAGGCCAACUAGAGAACCCUCAGAGAUCAGGCUGGCAGCUUGUAUUCGUUGACCGGGAGAAUGAUAUUCUUCUCCUUGGUGAUGAUCCUUGGCAGGAGUUUGUGAACAAUGUGUGGUACAUCAAGAUUCUCUCUCCACUUGAAGUUCAACAAAUGGGCAGAGAAAGUCUGGGUCCCACAGCUUCUGCAUUGGGUCAUAAGCUUUCUACCACUGGCAAUACUUGCGACAACUAUGCAAGUCGGCAAGAGCUGAGAAAUCCGAGCAAUGGCAUUGCGUCGAUGGGGUCUCUGGACUACUAGAAUGAUCUGCUUCACAGGCAUAUCGGUUAGCAAUGUCUGGAGUCAUUAUGGAAGAUGUUUCUCAUAUCAGGAUGGCCUGGUAUUCUUAUAUAGCCAUUUGUAGUUGAGAUGCAUCAGUAGUGAUUCUGCAAGGCCUAUUCAGAUCUACAGCGAAUCACUGUAAAUUAUAAUAGGUGACUUGUUUAUUUAACUGCCAUUACAGCACUUAGAUCAGCACUAAAUGUAGAAGAUGGAAUCAAAUCUUAAUCAUCAGGGUUUGUGAUUUCUCCCCUUGAAUUCCUCUUCCAAGUUAUAGGACAUAUUUAGAAGAAAGAUGACGAUAAACUGAGUACCAUAUUGCUUGUUUAAUUUUUCUGUUGAAGAUCUCACAACUUGGUUCAAUGUAACAUGGUAAGUUUAAUCUU